CUGGCAGCUGUCAUCAUUCCAUCUCUUAAUCUUCCUAUCAGUGUUUACCAGCCCUGAGGAUGGACCCCAUUCAUUUUACCUCCUUGGCUUUUGAACAGUUCCACAUUAAUGUUUAAUAUCCGGACAUAUCGCAUCCAAGUUCUCCAGACAAAUGCUAAGAGGAAAUGAAAACUGAUAUUCCUGACAUUGAGUGCCAGAGAUGCUGCUAGGAAUUAGUCUUUCAUGCAUAUCGUGUUCUUCAGACUCCUCUGUGGCUCCAUUUCAUGACGGCUGGGCAGCCUCUGUGUGCUGCUGUCAGACAGAGAGAAUCUGUAUAUGGUUGCUGACUGAAAUAUCCUUUACGUGUGCAAUUAGAAAAGCACCUCUUAGGCCGGCUGUCAGCACACACAGCCUUUGAGUCUUUGGAUUAAAGGACAUUCAGAAGUUUGUGCUUCAAAGUUGAGUCAUGAAGGGGGGGGAAAGUAGAAGGUUUGUGCCUUAAAUGAAGCAUCAAUCAUCCUGUCAUCUUGAAGGGAAAUAACUAUUCGUUAAGGUCACUUAGUGAAAUUAGUUUCAAUUAAGUAACUUUACUAAAUGCAAUGGUGACUGGUCAUUGCUGGAACCACUCAUCUUGCAGUAAAGCCUAACCUGCACAGUUUGUUAUCAUUAUUAGUCUUUACUUAAAAAAAAACAACCAACAGAGUAAUUGCACAGAUAACAGCUUGUUUUAGAGAACCUCCCAACCAUACAUCAUUCUUUGUUUCAUGCUUGCAGAGGUGUAACAGUGGUACAGGACGUUUGGUUCAGUGCUCCGAUGCUGAGUGAUGGUAGGAGGCAAAGAAAAUGAUUCUUCUGUAGCAGUGCAGACAGUCCUCCAACUGAACCCGUGAAUAGGCACGACUGUAUGUUUUCCAAUCAAACGGCCCUCCAGAAAUCAGCUAACGAGGAGAAAGUCAAGAUCAAAGAUGAGCAUCCUAAUCCAUUAUCAACACAUGCCAUCAGACUCUCCAUCUGCUAGCAGAGGGCCCUGUGAGCUGGCAAUGAGGAGCCUGCAGAUGCUCAGCCACCGCUGUGCCUUCACCACCUGGGUUUGGGUUGGUGUCAGCUUGGAUAAGUGGCAUUGUGCUCUAGAAAAAGCCAUGCAGAGCCGUGUUGUGCACUGGCACGUGGUGCCCAGGGAGGUGGUGCUGGAGUCACCAUCCCAGAGGUGUCCAUGUGCUGUGAUGAGUUCAAAGGCUGUAGGCAGUGCUGGUGGUAGGAGAACGGUUGGUCUGGAUGAUCUUGGAGCUCUUUUCCAACCUUAACGAUUCUAUGAAAAGAAGAAAAGUAACAGCAGGUAAAGGAUGGUUUAAUUUAGCAGCUCAUUUUGGCCAGGUAAUUAUUUCUUUAAAAGCCCUGGAUUUGUUAAAAGUAUCACAAUUACGUUUUUUUUAAAUUAUGUCUACAGAAUGAAGCGCUCGUUUAAUUAGUAAACAUUUGGCAUGCCUUUAAAUAGGCUUUUAAUUACAUUAAAGGGACACUGUCAAGGUGUCUUUCAUCAUUUUUAAUAGACCUGCAGUUUUAUCCCCCCCCUCCUUGCGUUUGGGUGCCACACAUUGGUCUCCAGGCAAAAAAAACCAAGUAAUUUUAAAGAAGGCACUGUGUCCUUAAAAGACAUUGAAAAAGACUCAUUUUUUUUCUGCUUGGAGGAGCCCUGUUCCUGUGGAGCAGCCCUACGUGUAGCUGUGGGCUGGGACAGGAGGCUGCUCAGGUUUCCCAAGUGUGUGGGCAGCAUCCUUGCAGCCCUUAAUCAAAGGUGCUUUCUAAACAGCCUGCUGUAGCAUUCAGGUGUUGCUCUGUGUCCUGCAGAAGCCCAGGGAUCGCCUGCCAGCCCUUGGGGCUCGGUGGCUGCGUGCAGAGGUGACAGUCCCAGCACUGGGCAUCGCGUCCUGGCUGAGAAAGGUGCUCUGCUCCUAAGUGCUGCUCAUCACCCUUCAUGCUCGGUGGCAGCUCUCAGCCGGGGGAACUCAUGCCCAGGAGGGUCGUGCCCUGUGCUGAAGCAACAGCUUUCCCCCCAUAAGUCACCUCAACUCCUCCCUGCUGGAGCAGAUGCUGCUCCUACAGCCUUACGGCUCGCAGCUGUCGCAGACAGCAGCUCUCCUAAUAAAUCACCAGUGCAGUGCUAACUGAUAGUGAUGCAAGCUCCCGGAGGAAGCCCUGUGCUGAGUUCCCAAGCUGAUGCUUGCCUUUUCAUCCCCAACCUGCGUGAUGCUGCCCUAUCCUUUAGGGCUAAGCCUGAUGAAUGCCAGCCCACGAGGGGUAUUGCUCGUUCCCUGCCCGGAGCUGGUGGGCUCACUGUGCCUGUGUGGUUGGUGAGUGAUAAACGAGGCACUGAGCAGCACAACAAAGCAUGGCUCAGCCUGUGUGUCUCCGUUGCCCCGCUGCGCAUCACUGGAGCUUGAGUUUCUGGCCUCUGUUCUUGGCAAGGCUCUGUAAUUAAAACAUAUGCAAUAACCAGAGGCACAGAUAGCCUGGCUUGGGGGAGCCUUUCCUGGCAUGCCUCCAAAGGUAAAGAAAUAAAAACUCAGACCGGAGUGUGGCAGCGGGGAGGCAGUGCUGGUGGCCCUCCUGGGGUGUGGGGUGACCCCAUGGGUUGCAAGCUCCAGUGUCCUUGCCUAUACACCUGCUCUGCUGGUCAGCAGCACGUGUCCUCCUUCUGCACAGCCUGAGCACCUUCCCAACUAUUCCUUUCGUUCCUCUUUAUCCCCAGCAGCCCCAGUGAUCUCCCGGGAGGAGCGCUGCGCAUGGAGUGAUGGAGGAGCCAUCUCCAUCCUUGGAUCAAGAAGCCAUACUGCUCCUCUUCCCCCUUCUUGCAAAGGGAGCCAUGCCACCUCCUUCCAGCUCCAGUUUCCAGGGAUACAGGGAUGGAGACUGCAGCAGGAUAUUUGUGCUGGGCAUUGGAUUUUUCACUCUGUGCUUCUUAAUGACGUCUCUGGGAGGGCAGUUCUCAGCCAAGCGCCUGGGGGAUUCGCCCUUCACCAUCCGCACUGAAGUGAUGGGCGCUCUGGAGUCCCGAGGGGUGCUGCGGCGGAUGAGCGACAUGCUGGAGCUGCUGAUGAAGAGGAUGGACAUCCUGGCCAGGCUGGAGAACGGCACUGAUUUCCACAAAGGGAACGAGGCACUCUUCCCUCUGGACAGGUUGCAGCCAGCGGCCGGUUUGAUGGAGAGGAUCCAAGCUAUAGCUCAAAACGUCUCAGACAUCGCAAUAAAGGUAGACCAGAUUCUCCGGAAUAGCCUCAUGAAUGCAAAAAUGGGGGAUGGCAGGAGGGACCAGUGCGAGGUGCCCAGGGACCCCAAGUACCCUGACUGCGCUGGGAAGGUGGAGUGGAUGAGGGCCAGGUGGACUUCUGACCCCUGCUAUGCAUUUUUUGGCGUGGAUGGCACCGAGUGCUCCUUCCUCAUCUACCUCAGUGAAGUUGAGUGGUUCUGCCCUCCCCUACCCUGGAGGAACCAGACGGCCGCACCGUCCCCUCCACCGCUGCCCCGCGCCCAGGCAGCUUUCCGCAGCGACCUGGCCCCAUUGCUGGAGCUGGUGGGCACGGGCAAGGAGUCCCUCAGCUUCAUGAAGAAGAGGAUCCGGCACCUGGCCCAGCAGUGGCUGCGGGCAGCCCGACGCCUCGAGCAGAAGCUGAAGGGACGGCAGGGGGACCAAAAACAUAUCCUGAUUCACAUCGGCUUCCUGACCGAGGAGUCAGGGGACGUCUUCAGCCCACGGGUGCUGAAAGGGGGGCCCCUGGGCGAGAUGGUGCAGUGGGCCGACAUCCUGGCUGCCCUUUUCCUGCUGGGACACAGCCUGAAGGUGACAGUCUCACUGAAGGAGCUGCAGAGCAACUUAGGGGUGCCUCCAGGACGGGGAAACUGCCCCUUGACGAACCCUUUGCCUUUUGACCUGAUCUACACCGACUACCACGGCCUCCAGCAGAUGAAGCAGCACAUGGGGCUCUCCUUUAAGAAAUACAGGUGCCGUGUUCGUGUCAUCGAUACCUUUGGGACGGAGCCAGCCUACAACCAUGAGGAAUACGCCACGCUGCGCGGCUUCCGCACCAACUGGGGCUACUGGAACCUGCACCCCUCCCAGUUCAUGACCAUGUUCCCGCACACCCCGGACAAUUCCUUCAUGGGCUUCGUGUCGGAGGAGCUCAACCAGACCGAGCGGCAGCGCAUCAAAUCCAGCAAAGUGAGCAGCAUGGCAGUGGUGUACGGGAAGGAGGCCAGCAUCUGGAAGCUGCAGGGCAAGGAGAAAUUCCUGACCAUCCUCAACAAGUACAUGGAGAUCCAUGGCACUGUGUACUACGAGACGCAGCGGCCGCCGGAGGUACCAGCCUUCGUCAAGAACCACGGGCUGCUGCCACAGCAUGAGUUCCAGCAGCUGCUGAGGAAGGCGAAGCUCUUCAUCGGCUUUGGGUUCCCCUAUGAGGGUCCAGCCCCACUGGAGGCCAUCGCCAAUGGCUGUGUGUUCCUGCAGGCGCGCUUCAACCCCCCCCACAGCUCCCUCAACCACGAGUUCUUCCGUGGGAAGCCCACCUCCAGAGAGGUAUCCUCACAGCACCCGUACGCCGAGGACUUCAUUGGGAAGCCACACGUGUGGACUGUCGACUACAAUAACUCCGAGGAGUUUGAAGCUGCUAUCAAAACAAUCCUGAGGACCCAGGUGGACCCUUACCUGCCUUACGAGUACACCUGCGAGGGGAUGCUGGAGCGGAUCCAUGCCUACAUUCAGCACCAGGAUUUCUGCACCAUGCCAUCCCCUCCACCUCCUGCCAAGGCCCAGAGCCCCGCUAUGCAAAGCCCUCCGAGCCCUCUGGCCCUGUCUCCCAACGCCACCCACCUGGUCUGGUCCCCGAGCGCCCGCCGGGACCCCCACGCCUGGCCGCCAGCAGACUCCCUGCAGGUGUGGCUGUCAGAGGGGCAGCAUGCCUGCACCGAGACGUGCCGCCGCCGUGGGCUGGUGUGUGAGCCCACCUUCUUCAGGUUCCUCAACAAGAAGGAGGUGUUUCUGCAGCUCAGCAUCACCUGCGACAGCACCGAGUACGAGAUGAACCAUCUCUACCCGGCAGUGGCAGAGAACGUUCACGAGUGCUACCUCCAGAAGGAGCCGCUGCUCUUCAGCUGCGCGGGGCACAACACCAAGUACCGGCGCCUCUGCCCCUGCCGCGACUACCGCCAGGGCCAGGUGGCUCUGUGCAGGGACUGCUUGUGACUCGGCCCCGUGGCGGUGACGCACCGUGUGCCGCCGGUGGCUUUAUCUCAAAGCUCGUGCAAUAGCUGGGGAGGCAGGACGGGAUGCGUGCCGAGCCGGGGGUGCUGGGCUGCAAAAAGCCACGUCCCGAUGGUCGGUUCCAUUUUCCUCUUGAGGCGCAUCGUCCGUCCGCAUCCGAACCCAUCUGGACCGCGUUGGUGCUGGGAUGGGGGUGGCGGGGAGAGGAGCUGGAGGGGAUCACCCUUCCCUUCUUCCAUCCACGGGAUGAGCCACCAGCAGACUGCAGUUUCAGGGUUUUCAUUCUCUUGAAGCAUCCGAGGUUGUUUUAUUUAUUUGUUUUCUAUCCCCCUCCUUCUCUCCUUUCCUCCCCCCCCUUCCCAGAAUGAGUGGUGAAUUAAAAGGGAACAAAAAACACCCAGCCCUUCUUGUGAGGAGUUAUUGGGCUGUGCUGGGGGACCCUUCCUUGGCCGGGGAGGGCAAAACCUGAGGGCAGAGGCUGCAAUGGGUGCAAGCAGCAGAGGCUUGGUCUGCAGCACAAGGCUGGGGCUGAGCAGUUCUGCGUGCGGCUGCAGAGGGAUGCUGGGCUCAGGGCUGUGCAGGGUGCUGUGCACCAUUGUGUAGGUGGUGGCACGGUGCUUCUCCUUGUUUGAGGCAGGAGGAGGUGCUGCAGCAGCUGGUAUGUUACUGGCAUGGAGUGAAGGUGGGGGCAGAUUUAAGGCAUAGCAACUGCAGCAGAAACAUUGUGCCUGCAUCCCCCCAGCGCUGCAGCCCCUGCCUUCCCAACCAGCUGAAAGAAAAGGUGAGCUCCAGGCCAAGAGCUCCAGGCAGCAGCUUCACUUCUUUAGCUUCUCUUUAAGCUCAUAAUCUUUUAGAGAACUGUUUGAUGCUUCUUGUGAUUCCUUUCCUGGCUUAGUGGGACCUAUGGUGAGCAGGCUGGUUGGGUUUGGGAGGUUCUCAUGGAGCGGUGCUGCAGGAUCAGUGCUCAGCCCUCCUGCUGCUCAGGAGUGGGCUGCACAGCUGCGAGCUGCAGACGGGGCACUUGUACCAUGCAUGGAAUAACCCCUCAUCCCAGCCUGACGGUGUCAUCUGGGAGCACUGUCCCCACCUGGCUCCGGGUGAUGGAGCAGGGGUUCGGCAGGAUGAAUGGAGCCCCAUUUUGGCACCAGGCUGCUCUUGCUGUCCCCCAGCCCAGAGCCAGUGCUGUUAUCCAGGAGCCAUUUGUCACCUUCAGUGCAACGCUGUGCAGGCAGCUUCCAAACAGCCGGUGACGCCGACAAGGGAAAGGAUUGAUUAAGUAAUUUGUGUGUCUUGCAGCAGGCG